AUGUUUAUUUUUGUACUAUUAUUGGGCGGACUUGCCCUUUGGCAGGCGGGAACAGCCAUUUACCAUCUUUGGUUUUCACCUCUUGCAAAAUUUCCAGGUCCCAAGUUGGCAGCAAGUACUCUACUCUAUGAAUUCUACUAUGAAGUCAUAUGCAGUGGACAGUAUACACGCCGGAUCGAAAAGAUGCACGAACAAUAUGGACCAAUUGUGCGCAUUAGUCCAUACGAAGUGCAUAUAAAAGAUGCUGAUUUCUGCGUGGAAGCAUUCUCUCCGGUCAAAAAGCUGGACAAAUAUGGCUGGUGGUACAGAGUCUUUGGUGGACCUGGUGCAACCGUCAGUACCGAACAUCACGAUGUGCACAGAAGUCGACGCGCAACGUUCAAAAACCUGCUAUCUCCAGUUGCUGUCAGAGGCUUCGUGCCCACCAUUCUUGAAAAAGUGAAGCAGGCCGGCCUCAUCAUGAGCCAUCACGCUCAAAUGGGAAGGCCGAUAAACAUGUCAAACUUGUACCGGUGUAUAGCAGCGGAUACGGUGUCGGCAUAUGCCUUGCCGGCUUCGCUGAACUUGCUUGACUCUGAAGAUUUAGGCGAAGAAUUCCAAUCUGGCUUGAGAUUAUUCUUCGAGGCAGCUACUACGAUGCGCUUUCUCGGAUUUCUUCAGCCCCUGAUGAUGAUGAUGCCCGAUAUCAUUUUCAAGCGAUUGUUGAGCGACCCCGCGAAAUCACUAAUAAAACUAAUCAGAACGAUCCAAAGGCCGUCUGACAUGGAGAAAUCACGCUCGUGUCUCAUUGAAUGUAUCAAGACCAACAAGUAUAGAGAACAAGGAGACUUCCGUGAGCGCUUACUGCAAGAGGCAGAGCAAUUUAUUGUUGCUGGUACCGAGACGACUGGCUACGCAUUAUCCGUCACUACCUUUUAUAUCCUUCAAAAUGCAGAUAUUCAAAAGAAGCUACGCCAAGAACUCGUCGACGCACAGAUCAGCCUAAACGAGGACGAUCUCGACAUUACAGUUCUUCAGAAUUUGCCGUACUUGUCUGCUAUUAUUACGGAAGGGCUUCGAUUCGCUCAUGGCGUUGGCUCAAGGCUGCCCAGAGUAAACAAAACUGGCGACGUACAGUAUCGCCAAUGGCGCAUACCUGCUGGUGUACCUGUGAGCAUGACAUCAAGGCUUCACCAUGAAGAUCCGCAGCUCUUCCCGGAACCGCUCACUUUUCGUCCGGAUCGAUGGCUUCAGCCAGACAGUAAACAACUAAGAAAAUAUCUCAGCCCAUUUGGCCUUGGGUCAAGGAUAUGCCCUGGAAUGCACUUGGCGUUCUCUGAGAUAUAUAUUGCAAUUGCGUAUAUCUUUACUCACUUUAAUGUGGAAAACAAUGGCACGACGAAAGAGGAUCUGAUUUCUGUUCACGAUUUGGGAGCGCCAUUUCCCAAACGAGAUUCCAAGGGGCUCCAAGUCACUCUGCAGCUUAGAUAA